AUGGGGUCGAUUUCCAUCGCCAAAGAACAGCUAGAGCUGGGGAAGCCAGCCUUCCCAGUUGAGGCAACGACACUAGAAUAUGCGCAAUCACUUGAUGCAAAGGAUCAUCUGCGGUCGUUCCGAGAGAAGUUUAUCAUCCCGUCGAAAUUGAACACAAAAACAAAGAAAUUGGCGAAGCCAGACGAAAGCAAAAGCCACGAGGAGAAAUGUAUAUAUUUUUGCGGAAACUCUCUAGGUUUACAGCCUCGUGCAGCAGCAGAGUAUUUGCAGGCCUAUUUGACCACAUGGGCCACAAUUGGUGUCCACGGCCACUUCAGAGAGCUGGAAGAUUCUCCUUUAACACAGUGGCAACUCCUGGCUGAACAUGCAUCAAAGCAACAAGCUCCCAUAGUCGGUGCCCUUGCCAACGAAGUGGCCACGAUGGGCAGUCUGACCGUUAAUCUCCAUCUGCUCAUGGCCAGCUUCUAUACUCCAACCUCGUCGAAAAAUAAGAUUAUUCUGGACUGGAAAGCCUUCCCAAGUGAUCAUUAUGCAAUCGAAUCUCAGAUCCGCGGCCACGGUUAUGAUCCUGCUGAAUCAAUGAUCAUGAUUGGACCCGAAGACGGCGAAUACGAGGUAUCUACUGAGAAGAUUCUCUCGGUUAUUGACAAACACGCUUCGUCUACUUCAUUGAUUCUUCUCCCUGGAAUCCAAUAUUAUACUGGCCAAUUUUUCGAUAUCAAAACAAUCACCAAAUAUGCGCAGUCAAAGGGUUUGGUCGUGGGUUGGGAUUUGGCUCAUGCAGCUGGCAAUGUACCUCUGCAAUUGCAUGACUGGAAUGUUGAUUUUGCCGCGUGGUGCACGUAUAAAUAUAUGAAUGCGGGCCCUGGGGCCAUUGCAGGUGCCUUUGUGCACGAGAGACAUGGAACUGUCGAGUACAUCGAAGGCCAAGAUAAACCAAUUUUCCGACAUCGUUUAUCAGGUUGGUACGGUGGGGACCAAGUCGGGAGAUUUAACAUGGAUAACAAAUUCCGUCCUAGCCCAGGAGCAAGCGGUUACCAGAUUUCCAAUCCUUCGGUCAUCGACCUCACCUCACUAUGCGCUUCACUUUCCGUCUUCAAUCAGACAUCGAUGUCAGAUAUAAGGAGGAAAUCUGUCACACUCACGGCUUACCUCGAGUAUCUCCUGCUUUCAGGCACAGAUUCCACCACUCGCGCUUUCAGAAUAACAACUCCCUCUAAUCCUCAGGCUCGAGGCACUCAGCUGAGCAUUCUGCUUAAACCUGGAAGGAUGGAUGUGCUAAUGGGUAUGUUAGAGGAUGCAGGGAUUGUGGUUGAUAAGCGGAAACCAGAUGUUAUAAGGGUUGCGCCUGUUCCGCUGUAUAACACAUACGAGGAGGUAUGGCAGUUUGUGCAGAUUUUUAGCUUAGCGCUAGCGAAGUUCGAGUAG